CUUCCUUAAACCUCCAAAGACAGAGAGCCACCAACAAACAACAUGUCGUCACAUCAGCGGACCUUUUCCCACUCGCAAUCCCAAUCGGGAACGAGGGAAAAGACGUACUUUGAGCAACAGCGAGAAGAACUCAUUGGCGAAAUCGCAAUGAACUUUGAGCAAGUCCUUGCCAAUAUCAACAAGCUGAAUCGUUCCCUCGAGGCAGUCAUUACGGUCGGAAACGAGUUCUCCUCCGUCGAGGCGCUGUGGUCGCAGUUCGAAAACGUAAUGGCGAAGGAACCCGAGGAAAACAAGCAGGGCGAUACCGAGGAGGGCAGCGACGGCGAGACGAAGAACGAGCAGAGAUCAUGAUACCCACCAGCAACGAAAUACCUACUUUUUAUGAAUGAUGAUGUUAUUUCUACACACGCAGCAGCAUCGUCAUGCCAUUUCUCUUCAUUGCUACAUUGCCGGGCUCAUCUCAUCAUAAGGUACUCCGCCGUCGUCACCCCGCGAAGAGAAGCACCCAAACGCCCAGUCGUCUUGACCUUCUUAACACCCUCGCGCCUGCUCUCCGCGUCCGGCUUCUUCGCAAGCUCGCCCAACCCAACCACCAAAUCGUUAUAAUUCGAAUCUCGAAGCUUCUCCAACCCCUCAGCGACGGCUAGACACCUCUUUCCUCCCUCUGUCAGCGCGCCAACCCGUCUCUGAAGAUCGUCGCUGAGAUCUAUGUGCUUCAACAGAAACAACGACUCGAGCGAAGCCGCCAUGAUCUCCAAGCGGACCUCGUCCAUCUCGUUUUCGGGGCUCCUGGCGUUGCGGGCGUCUUUGAGGUGCUGGAGCUGCUCAACAAGACUACCAAGAUCGUCUUUUAUGGGGUUAUGUGCGUAGUCUUCCAUUUCCAACGGCAGCGUCGCCAUUGGCUCCGUCUCGAACUUCAUCUGGGCGACGGUGGCCUCUCGCUCAUUUGUCGUAGUCGUAGCCUCAUUAUCAACAAUACCGUCCCCAUUUCCAUCAGGAACCAGCCCGCUACUGCUGCUCUCGCCGCUCACAGCAGACAUCCGCGCCUCGACCCCCUCCAACUCCUCCCUCAGAAUCCCCUCCUGCCACCCAAGAACCUUCCACCUCGCCCUCUCCCAUUCAAACCCAUCUCUCGCCUCACCAACGACCUGACUCAACCUCUCCACGUCCUCACCCAGGCCGUCUGCCCUCCUACAGAGCCCAGCAAACGCAUCAGCGACCCUCAGAUGCGUCAUACCGACAGUCUCGCACGUCUCCUGCACAACACAGACAUGCCUCCUCAGCAAAUCCCUCUUCUUCCGCCCUGUACACGGGAACCACCUCUCCAGCCCCGUCUUCCUGCCAGCGCGCUGCGCCAAACUCCCGAGAAGCUGCUCAACGUCCCCCGCGGCGCCUCGGCACUCCUUCUCCGAGUUUAC